AUGUCUUGGGGUGGACCAGAUCUAGACAAAGGAAAAGUAAAGAUAGAUGAAACCAACAAAGGUAGUGGUGAUCAAUCUUGGAGAAAAACAGCUGAUACUCACAAAAUGAAUCCUGAACAUGUGAAGGCGGCUGGUGUUGAAGCAUCACAGCGACCUCCCGGACACGGCCGAGCCCCUGGUGAAGUUCUUCACCAGCGUCGUCGCCUCCCUUUUAGUUAUACGAGUAUGACUAUUGCAGGUUUUGCUAUUUCAGCUAUAAUUGGUUAUACUGUUUUGUACUCCAAGAAGAAAGCUGAAGUUGAUGCUGCGGAUGUUGCUAGGGUUGCUAUUAAUACUGCACAACCGCAGAAUACUGAAAAUAAACCAAAGAAAUAA